AUGGCGAGACCUUUUGACAACAUAUGCGACAUCAAUGAACAGAAAGAUUUGUGGAAGCUUGCCGUACGGAUUCAACACAUGUGGACAAUUGUAAGAUAUUGUCUUGCAAGGAUGGACACCAAACUGAGAUUUAAGAUUGUCUGGGACCGAGAAGCCGCGAAACUUUUGAAAACUUCUGCUGCACAGCUACAUUCCAUUAUGAUAGAGGUAAAUAGUCUUUUAUCUCAAAGAUUUGAUGAUUUUAGAUGUGUUUUAUUAUGGGCAUGUUUCUGCAGAUUUAGGGUUGCUCUCGUCGCAUUUGAUAACUCAAACAACAGAGGAUUACAAGUUGACGGCGAACAUAGCUGUGCGGAUACGGUCGAAUGUAGUGAUGAGCUUAGGUGUAAACAAUUAACCUCGGAGAUGCACUUGCGUGCAGAUGAUUGUUUCCUGUCGAACUGGCUAGACUUUAAGAUAUUUGAACGUGAGGCAAGCAUUGUACUAAUUCCACCAUGGAAAGACACUUCUACUAUUGACUUGUGUAAGCUCCUCAAGGAUAACUUGCAAAUGGAUGAAGUGAAGAUGAGAAUUCUCUUCGAUAAGGAAACAUGUAUGUCGCACAUCUGGUUAAUGGUUUUCAGGGAUUCCAUCUACAUUGAGAAUGUUGUUAUCUCUCUCAUUGAGUCUGUAAAGUUACAAAAAAGGCACAUUUUGAAGGACGCUUGA